AUGUUAUUGGGUACAACCUUGAAGAUAUCGGGAAAGUCUGUGAAAGAUGGAAGACAUGCGUGCCGGGACGCCAUGCGGCUUGCGAAGAAGAAUGAUAUUCAAGCACAUGCGUACCUCUAUGUGGAUCCGGACGUGGACGUUGCGCUAGCCAAAUCAAUCCGGGAACUAAAGCCAGACCUAGUACUAAUGAAUGGCCCAAAGUGCACGGCACUUCAGAGCAAAAAUGCAAAGACAACUAUCAAUUACCCAAAGGCUGUUUGCUCUUGCAAAUGCAAUUUCUGCUCACCUCCGAGAAGACCAAUGGUAAUAUGGAAACACAGAUGA